AGGGGCUCCAGCUUAGUCGUGUUCCAGCAACGCUUCCGCGCACAACAAAUCCAAAUCCCAAUCAGAAAGGACGCAGCUAUCGUCCCGCCACCAAUCAGAUUGUAACCAGGCCCAAUCAGAGUGCAAAUAAAUCAGUAUGUCCGCUAGGAUCCUGGAGGACUCGCCCAACGCGCGCAUCAACAAGACGAUCCUUGACCGCUACCUGUCGCUGCCGCUGCAGGAGAAUAUCGUCCAGGCCACCUACGUGUGGAUCGACGGCACCGGCGAGGACCUGCGCUGCAAGGACCGCACCCUCGACUUCAUCCCCCAGAGCCCCAAGGAGCUGCCCGUGUGGAACUACGAUGGAAGCUCGUGCUACCAGGCCGAGGGCUCCAACUCGGACACCUACCUGUACCCGGUGGCCAUCUACAAGGACCCCUUCCGCCGCGGCAACAAUAUCCUGGUGAUGUGCGACACCUACAAGUUCGACGGCACCCCCACGGAAACCAAUAAGCGCAAGACCUGCCUGGAGGUGAACAACAAGUGCGUGGACGAGGAGCCCUGGUUCGGCAUCGAGCAGGAGUACACCUUCCUCGACUUCGAUGGCCAUCCACUUGGCUGGCCCAAGAACGGCUUCCCCGGACCCCAGGGACCCUACUACUGCGGCGUUGGAGCCAACAAGGUUUACGCCCGGGACAUUGUGGAUGCCCACUACCGGGCCUGUCUGUACGCCGGAAUCAAGGUGUCGGGCACCAAUGCCGAGGUGAUGCCCGCCCAGUGGGAAUUCCAGGUGGGUCCCUGCGUGGGAAUCUCCAUCGGCGACGACCUCUGGAUGGCCCGUUUCCUCUUGCACCGCAUCUCCGAGGAGUUUGGCAUUGUGUCCACUCUGGAUCCCAAGCCGAUGCCCGGCGACUGGAACGGUGCAGGUGCCCACACCAACGUCUCCACGAAGGCGAUGCGCGAGGAUGGCGGCAUCCGGGACAUCGAGAAGGCGGUGGCCAAGCUGUCCAAGUGCCACGAGCGGCACAUCCGCGCCUACGACCCCAAGCAGGGCCAGGACAACGCCCGUCGUCUGACCGGAAAGCACGAGACGAGCUCCAUCAACGACUUCAGUGCCGGAGUGGCCAACCGCGGAUGCAGCAUACGCAUUCCCCGCGGCGUCAACGAUGAUGGCAAGGGCUACUUCGAGGAUCGCCGACCCAGCUCCAACUGCGAUCCCUACUCCGUGGUCGAGGCCAUCUUGCGCACCAUCUGCCUGGACGAAUAGGGGGGAUGUGGGGGGAUAUACCGUCUCCAGAAUUGUUAUCGAUUUAUAGAUUGUUGUUAAACCACCACCACCUUUGAUCCACUGACCCACGAACACCCGAACAUCGAACGCGAAGUUAUAUGCAUACCGUAGGCUUAGUUUUUACCUAACGUAUUUUCCACAACCCAGAACUAGAACCGUAAGGCAGCCCAUCUUGCUGAUAUUUCCCAUGUUUUUUUUCUUUUUUUUUUAGCUGCUGUUACCUAGGUUUUAGUGUGAGUUUUUUUUUGGACCAGCAAUACAAUAAAUAUAAAUGGUCCGCGAGAUGAAGAUAAGAUCAAGAAUAGCAAGAACCCAAAAAGACAUCCACAACAUCCUACACAAAAAAAAACAUAAAGCUAUAGUAUCAAACACUCCCCUGAGUCCCCGAAAACAAACCCCUACCCCCUACUUGUUAAUGAUAUUAAAUAAUUAACUUUAAUCCUACACUACAUACAUAUACUCUCUAGUUAAGUAAAUGCACUAAAAAAUAAAAAAAAAUACACAAUACAAAAAA